CGUUGCCAUAGCAACGACCUACCGCUGCGUCUUGUCAGUGUUAUAGCUAAUAAGCUAACCAGCUUAGGUGUUUUACUUAAUAAAGCGCUCUUACAACUAACUAAUAAAUGACUAAACGGACCGAGACUCUUCGAUUUUCGUUCAGCUGGAUGAACGUGAUUAAAAUAUGUUUUGCGCUGACGUUAGUCAGUUACCAUUAUCAUUAGCAACUGCUGCAGUAUAGCUUAUAGUUAUGUAGUUAUGAAUUAGCUUUUGUUCGUUUCGAAUUCGACAGAAUAAAGCAGCCAUCGUAUUUCAGUCUUUUUCAUAUCCCAAUCGUUUGGAAGCAUGUUCAGGAACGAUUAUCAGGGUGGCCUCACGGUGGACGUCUUCAGCGCACAAGGAAAAGAUCCCAUGGCAAAAUGGAAACUAUAUGGCAGGAAAUCUUCAAUAUCUAAAGUGUUUGAUAAAGAAGUGAAGGGCUUUGUAUACAGUCUUGAAGGCAGCAGUCAAACACACAAGAUGCAAUUACCCAAGGAUAGCAAGAUGACUCUUGGUCUGAUUCAGAAGUUUCUGAUUCUACAGGUCAAUGUUCCUUUGGGAAAAGAUUUUUCCACUGAGAUUUUAGUAACUGAUGAAGAGCAUCUAAAGAAGAGACUCUACUUGUCUACUGUGCAUAAGGAGCUCUCAGCAACCCCUUUGCAUGCAAGAAUACCUCUAACGUGCCUCAAACGCAAUACCUGGUGUAAUCUGUGUAUCGAUCUGGACUCUCUCACCGCUGAGAUAUUCAGAGGGACGCGCUUCCUGUCUCUGGAUGGCAUCAUCAUCUCCGCCUGCUGUAAGGUCCGCCGCAUCUUCACGAUGAAGAAUGAACCUGCAGACUGCAUGGAUGGAGAAAUAAGUAAUGGUCCAAAAGAAGAGAUUCCGAGGAACUGUCAGUUUCCUAGUGAAGUUCAGAACGUUGUCCAGCUGGUGAACAUGAAGACAUUGGGACAGACUGAUUUAAAGAGUGGACCUACAAACUCAGAUGCAGAAGAGACAGGUGGUGUCAAAGCAUCCAUCACAAGGGGUCCUACACCGCGGGAUUCCUCCCAUAUUGCUUUUGGUUCAAAAGUUAUCGGACCCCCUCCGCUCACCGCCAGGAAGAGCAGCACAUCUGCAAACAGGAAAGAAGAAAGAGCGAAGUCAGAACUGAGCCUCAAUAUCCCGUCAGACAGAACUGAAAAUGUACAGCCACGACCACCACUUGAAAGGCCAUCUGCUGAGAAAAUAGGCUCUAGGAGACCACAGAGAAUCCAAUAUAUGAGGAGAGAAAAAUCAAGCACAGAUAAAGAAGGUGGCAAAAUUAGCUUAAACCCAGAGGAACCUGAGCUUCAAGGAAAAAUUGCAUCAUCCUCACUUCAGACUCCGGGCUCUGACUUACCAGUAGAAGAUAAAUCAACCGAUCCAGUUCUACGGGACUGUGCUUCUAUUGCGGAUACAUCUGGGUCAGCCUUCAAGCCUCCAUGUGCUGCUUCACCUCCAGAAUGUGUUCAGACUACAGAUGAUGCUGACCUUUGUGACACAGAAACUGAGCUUUCUCUCUGCGAUGAGGAAUACGAAGAGGAAGUCUUCACUUUCUCCUCAUGCCCUCACUCAGCCAGACGGAAUCAGGCUAGCAGCAACCCUGUUGAGGAUUUGACCUUUGGCCUUAAAGGUCACAAGCUUGUAACAGAAGGACAGCGCAAAGAUGCACGUCUGGAGGAUGAUUUUGUUGGUAGUGAGAGUGAAGAGGAUGAAAUGCAUACCGAGUUCCUUCAUAGAUGUGCAGUCCAUUUCAUUACUGCUCCCCCACCACCACCUUCAAUACAAAAAGUCCUACCCAAGUUCUCUUCUGAGUCAAUUACGACUCAGGUCUCCGUAGUCCAACAUGUCUCUGAAGGACCAAAGCGGCAUGAACCCAUGCGAAUAGCACCAACCCGCUGCCUAUCACCCAGUACCAGACAAGGGAGCAGACUGGAUCGGUCCGAAGCUGACAGAGCAUUGCCUGAUGGAGAUACCAGGGUAUCUAUCAACAGAGCAUCUGUGCGAGAGAUUUCACUGAAGAAUUCUGGCCUCCAACAGGUGAGUUUCGAUGAGAGGGUUCAACCUCUGGGCUCCAGCAGGUGUGAUUUGAGGAGAAGUCAAGACGAAGAGGAUGAGCUACGAAUGUUGGCCAGUUUGAAGAGAGAGCAGGAGGAAGAAGGAGAUGGAGGCAUGGGUGGCCCGGGCCUAAGUGCAUCACAGGUUCACCACUGCAACAUAAGUCUGAGUGCAAGCAGCGAUGACACCUCAACCUGGACUCAGUGUAUUCCUUUGCCAGUGGAUCAAGGCCAGCACUAUCAGAAAGAAAUGAACCCUCUUCUUCACUCUAAUCCCAGAGAAUGGAUGGAUGUCCUCAGCCCUCCGAUAGUUCAUCCAAAUCAACAGACGGCAGAUGGGAAAGGAGACCAUGGCAAGGUCUCACCCAGAGGGGCUAUGUUACACAACAAAAGUGGAGAGGAAGAGUUUCUUAAUUUAAUGUAUGAUCCCUGCCUCAACUGUUACUUUGAUCCACAAUCUGGGAAAUAUUACGAACUGCUCUGAUCCCGAGAUGAGCUACAUCUGCAACCAUGUUUUCAAUACUGCCAUUUAUAUGUAUGGUUUAGUUGAAGCAUGUUGUCCUUCAUUGAAUUUAAUGGUUUUAAUGGAAAUUAGCGAUUUAAAAUGUAUUUUUGUAACUGUUUCUAAUAUAAUAUCAGUUUUUAGUAAUAAAUUCACAUUCAUGGAUGUUGGAGCUCAUAACGUAAGUUUUAAGUAAGCAAGAAAUAAACUCAUAUUGU